AUGGAGACAGUCAACGAGUACGCCAAGCAGGACCUGUCCAAGCUGGGCAGGGAGGACCAGACGCUGCUGCUGUUCGCGCGGUUGAUGGAGGGUGGCCAGGAGGAUAGUGACACCGUCAAGGACUUGGACUCGCUCUCCAGGCUCCUACAUGAAGACCUCGAGGCUAGGAAGAAGGAGAAGUCAAUAUGCGACGUCAUCGAUUCCGACUGCUUCGACACCAUCCUCUGCUACCUCGACAUGCGCCAGCCCGACGUCGUCCGCGGCCAUGCCACGCUCACCGCGUCCGCCUACCUCAAGGCCUCCGGCGCCGAGGGUUCUAAGAUGCUGCGCGACUUCUUCCAGGAGCGCGUCAAGCGGGGCACCUACGACGACUACAUCGUCGCCUUCUGCGUCGCCGCCGCCAUCUUCCCCAUCGUCCCCGAUCUCAUCACCGAGCUGUUCCUUAGCGAGGGCUUCCUGCCUAGCCUAGGCCCGCUGAUGCGCAGGAAAUGGAAGAGCCGGAAGGUCGAGACGGCGUGUCUGGAGAUGCUGAAUGCUGCGUGCAUGAAUCAGCAGUGUAGGGAGGCCGUCCAGAAAUACUGCGUAGAGUGGCUGGAGGAGGUUGUCGACCAGGACCCUGACGAGGCUGUCAAGUCCAUGUACGUCCGUGGCGCCGACGGGUCACAAAGCGAGGAAGGCUCCGUCUCCAUGCGAAGGCACUCGGAAAACGUCCAGCAUCUGGCUGCUGUUAUACUUGCCAAGUUAAGGGCAAUACAACCCGUCCGCCCGCCAGACGGCAAGGGCAACGACCCUGAGCGAGUUCAGCAGGCAAGCACCACCAUCGAGGAGCUGUCCCACAUGUUCACCGACAUGUUGGUCAAGGACCCGGAGCACUCGCGGAACAACUCCAUCGAGGGUCUGGCCUAUGCGUCGCUACGUUCAAACGUGAAAGAGGAUCUAUCCAAGAAUAAGGAGUUCCUGAAGCAGCUCGUCAAAACCCUGGAGAACGCCCAACCAAAGUCACCACUUACCUACGGAGCCCUGACUAUCCUGGUUAAUCUCACUCGUUUCCAGCCCAACAAAUCAGAGGAAGAGAAGAAGAUGGACCAGCUCAAGGCAUACGCCAAUGCAGCGGGCAAGAUUGCGCCUGAUCCUCUCAACGACAACGAGCACGUCACAGCUCGGUGCAAGGCAGUCUUCGAAGCAGGCGUCACGCCCGUCCUGGUAACACACAGCAAGAACGGCUCCGUAGCCUCGCUAUCCCUCAUCAUAACAAUCAUCAACUCACUCUCCAUAAUCACCAGCAUCCGCGGCCAGCUGGCCCAGCAGGGCGCCGUCCGUCUCCUCAUAGCAGCUUGGACCGCUCUUCCCUCCUCCGAGGCCCAAUCCAAACGCGUAGCCGCCCAAGCCCUCGCCCGCAUCCUCAUCUCCACCAACCCGUCCCUAGUCUUUGGCGGCACGCGGCCCACUCCACAGAGCGCAGCCAUCCGGCCAUUAGUAUCGAUCAUCACCCCAGACCAGGACGCCGAGACACGCGACCUCCUACCGACCUUCGAAUCCCUCAUGGCCCUGACCAACCUGGCGUCCACAGACGACGACACGCGCGCGGCCAUCGUGCGGCAGGCCUGGCCCGAUCUAGAGGAGCAGCUGCUAUCGACCAACGCGAUGGUGACCAAAGCGGCGGUGGAGCUGGUUUGCAACCUGGUGCAGUGCGUGGAAGCGAUCGCGCUGUACGCAGACGGCUCGACCAAGGCGCGCGACAGGCUGCACGUGCUCCUCGCGCUGGCGGACGCCGAGGACGAGGGCACGCGCAGCGGAGCGGGCGGCGCGCUGGCCACACUCGCGGGCGUCGAGGAGGUCGUGACGGCGCUGCUGGCUCGCGAGCGCGGCGUGCGCAACGUCCUUGGCCUCUGCGCCGACGAGGCCAGCGAGGACAUCCGCCACCGUGGCGUGUUCGUCGUGUAUAGCCUCGUCACGAUGGAAGGGGACGUCGGCACGCGCGCGAGGGGCAAGAUCCGCGAGGAGGGCGGCGUCGACGUCCUGCGCGAGUGUGCGCGCCGGACGAGGAGGCCUGAGGUGCUGGACCUAGCUGUACAGGCUUUGAAGUUGAUCAUGGAGGAGAACUAG